CAUUACUUCGGGGAGCUAGUGGAAGUCACAUGUGCGAAAGGAUAGUUGGGGUUCCCUCUGUGUUUGGACCCUUCUGUUCCCCAAAGCGUUCUGAAGCAUUCCGGGGCCUUGCGUGAACUUCUAGUUCUUCCGCCUUAGCCGCGGAGACUUCCGCUUCCUGGAUUCCACCCUCAGUCUGGCUCAUGCCAGCCAUCUUCCCAAAACAUGUCAGAGGCUUUUUCCCUCUAAAUUCUGGAAUAUUUUGGAACACUGGACAUAUUCCACAGGUCUAACUUGGACAUAGGGGCAUCCUUUCAGCUUGAACUACCCGGGAAAUUUGCGCCAUGAAGUAAAUGAGAGGCUUAAGCCCAUGGCCCAGUCCAUGAAGUCGUAUUGUCACAGUGACCUGUGUCAAUUAACACUUGAGCUAGUUUCCCUGUGCGUGACCACAGGCCUGUCUGGACUAGACAACUCUAUUUCAAUCGAGACUCUCUCCCAGACAAGAUUGGGAUCCAGUUACCAGUUAUCCUUGUUGAGGAACCAAAUCGGAGUUUCUACGAAGUUGCCUAUGGCUGCUGGAGACAGGGGAUUCUGUUAGACAGUAAGGAGGCAGAUGUGCAAUUGGUCACAGAGGGUUCCAGUCAGAAUUCCUGAAGAUCCUUCACAAUGGUCACAGGUUGAUAACCUGUCUGAUUAUGAGUCAAGAGGAAAUGUCAGGAAACAAAAUUCAGUGUUCUCCUCACUAAGUAAAAGACAUAGCCUUUGAGGAAUACCUUGUGGCAAUUGUCCACUUAGGAAUGCAGUGCUUCUUCAAGUACUCCCAGUGCCCCACAGAUGGCUACCAUCAGUCUAUCUCCCACGUUUGCUCUGUCCUCCCUGGACUCUGCGGAUAACCAGGAAUCAGAAUUCUCUCUUCCAUCAAAAUGUGAUUCUUGUCAGCAGGAUUUGGGUUUGUUUGCUUGCCAUGCUCCAGAGCCUGAUACACCAGCUCCUGUUUGUUCUCAGGAGUCUGUGACAUUUCAAGAUAUUGCUGUGGACUUUACUGAGAAAGAGUGGCCCCUGCUAGAUUCUUCCCAGAGAAAACUGUACAAAGAUGUAAUGCUGGAGAAUUAUAGCAAUCUAAGUUCACUGGUAGGUUAUCAGGUUGGCAAACCCCGCCUCAUCUCACACCUAGAGCAAGAAGAGGAUCUGAGAAUGGAGGAGAGAGGAAUUCAGCAGGGUCCUUCUCCAGAUUGGGGAACUACAUCUAAAGUCAAGUGGUCUAUUCUUCUGGAAGAUAUUUUUGGGAAGGAAGCAUCUGAUGAUGUAAGACUGGAAACAUCUCAUCUUUUGGAGACAUCUUCUGAAUUCAGCCACUUGUGUGAAGUCUUUGAUAUUGGCCCUCACCUUACUCAGCCAGUAGGAAGGCCCACAAGCAAGAGACCCUAUCACCACCACAGCUGUGGAGCUGCUUUCAAGAACAGGAUUCACCUGACUCAGCACAUGAGCAUGAAUGAUGGGAGAAAAUUGCAUAAAUGUCACCAGUGCCAGAAAGCCUUCACCACCAGUGCUUCUCUUACAAGGCACCAUAGAAUUCACACUGGGGAGAAGCCUUAUGAGUGCAGCAGCUGUGGAAAAGCCUUCAAUGACCCUUCAGCUCUAAGGAGCCACACAAGAAUUCACCUGAAAGAAAAGCCCUUUGACUGUAGUCAGUGUAGUAAUGCCUUCCGGACGCUCUCGGCUCUGAAGAUACACAUGCGAGUUCACACUGGUGAAAGACCCUACAAAUGUGAGGAGUGUGGCAAAGCCUAUGGCAGGAGCUGCCAUCUCAUUGCCCACAAGCGAACACACACUGGAGAGAGGCCCUAUGAAUGCCAGGACUGUGGAAAAGCCUUCCAGCAUCCCUCCCACCUGAAGGAACAUGUCCGAAACCAUACUGGGGAAAAGCCUUAUGAGUGCACACAGUGUGGCAGAGCCUUCCGAUGGAAGUCCAACUUCAAUUUGCAUAAGAAGAACCACAUGGUGGAAAAAACCUAUGAGUGCAAAGAAUGUGGGAAAUCCUUCAGUGACCUCCUAUCAAGAAGGAAACACAUGAGGAUUCAUAUUGUAAAGAAGCCAGUUGAGUGUCAUCAAUGUGGGAAAGCCUUUCGAAACCAGUCCAUCCUGAAAACACACAUGAACUCUCACACUGGGGAGAAACCUUAUGGCUGUGAUCUCUGUGGCAAAGCCUUCAGUGCUAGUUCCAACCUCACUGCACACAGGAAGAUUCACACUCAAGAGAGACACUAUGAAUGUACUUCCUGUGGCAAGGUCUUUGGUGAUUACCUGUCACGAAGGAGGCACAUGAGCAUCCAUCUUGUCAAGAAGCGGGUGGAUUGUAGGCAGUGUGGAAAAGCCUUCAGGAAUCAAUCCACUCUGAAGACACACAUGAGAAGCCACACAGGUGAGAAGCCAUAUGAGUGUGACCAUUGUGGAAAAGCUUUCAGCAUAGGAUCCAACCUUAAUGUACACCGGAGGAUCCAUACGGGGGAAAAGCCUUAUGAGUGUCUGAUUUGUGGAAAAGCCUUCAGUGACCAUUCAUCCCUUAGGAGUCAUGUGAAAACCCACCGGGGGAGAAGCUCUUUACACCAUCUGUGUGGGAAAGGUUUCAGUGAAUACUCAAAUGCAGAGGAAGCCUGACAAGCAUAAGUAGUCAUAAAUCUUUCUUCCAUGUAGAAAAUGCAAAAGGCCACACGGCACUUCAAAGAAAUCCAGUGUGUAGAAAGUUUGAGAACACCUGAGUUAUUAUGCAGCAAUUGGGAUCUCUGUGAAAACCUAGGGACUGGGAAGAGUUUGUAUUGAGUAGCAAGAAACUGUCAACAUAUAUCAUGCUCCCAACCACACAAGAACUGAGCCAGAGUCUUCACCCUGAGCAUUAGUGUAAAGUCAGCAAUACUACGUGAGCACACCAGAGUGAAUCUUAAAAAAUGGAGAGCAAACUGGCCAGCUCUUUAUUGUUGUUGGCUCACAAGCCAAGAUGCUUCUCCUUUUUUUUUUUUUUUUUUUUUUUUUUUUUUUUNGAGACAGGGUUUNUCUGUAUAGUCCUGGCUGUCCUGGAACUCACUUUGUAGACCAGGCUGGCCUCAAACUCAGAAAUCCGCCUGCCUCUGCCCUUCGAGUGCUGGGAUUAAAGGUGUGCGCCACCACUGCCUGGUGCUUUCUUCUUUUUAAAAAGAAAAAUCUGGCAGGGGAAGUACAUGGCACUCAAAUUCUGAUAUACAUGCUGUUUAUAAAAAUCUUCAUUUAAGGUUUUGGUCAGUAGCUUUGGCUUUAAAGCUGUGGCAGUUUUGCUGUCCAGGGCACUUGUCAGUGUCUGGGUAGGUUUUAGUUCUGAGAGUGGAGGGAGAUGUGUUACUGAUACAGAAAGAGGACAUCACAGAUGCUAUCAAAUAGCCUAUGAUAUACAGAAGUCUUCCAUAUCAAGGAAUUAUGUGUACUACUAUAAAACUACUGAGGUUGAGAAUAAUCUCAUGAUUCCUGUGAACACUCACAUGAGGAGAAAUUUUUUGCAGCUUUUUAAAAGAAAAACUGCAAUGCAGUUCUCUCUAAAUGUAUGAAAACGCAUACUGAUGAUAACUCUAUGAAAAUGAUUUUAGCCACAGUCCCUUGGUGUAUGAAUGUGAGGUUGAAUUUACAAGUCUAUUUUGAUAACAACUGAGUCUAGCUCUUUAGUUUUCUUGACCUUUUUAUUUUUAGGGUUAGGGUUCUCUGAAUAACUCUUAGUCCUCAUUAUAAACAAUUGAAUAUAGUAUUUUUUUUUUUACUAUAGCUUUGUAAAUUAUAUCUUUAUUUCACUUUAGUAACCUUAUCCUGACCAGAGACAUAUUUAGAAAUUUGUGAUGUUCUGUACUAGAUUAUGUGGGUAUUUUUGAGUACCUGUGUCAUAUUCAUUGUGGUCAGGGCAUGAAGCUUCCUAACAGAUCCUUUAGUUGGUUUUGGCUUUCUAUCCAAAAAACCAAAAGAAUAACAAGGACCUAUAGGAUUUCCCAUAUCCAUUUAAACUCCUUUUAUAGCAGAAGAGUCACAGUUUUAUCUGAUUAUCAAAUAGUUCCACUAUAAGAAAUCUUUUUCAGUUUUUCAUGCAACUUGCAUUCUCUACAUGCCAUGACUCUGGCCGUUGACUCAUAAAUAGAGAUAUGUGUGUGGCAUUCUGAGAAAAAGCUCUUGGGAAAAAAUCUGAUUUAUGUUUUUUUAAUUCAUUUUGUGGCCCUGAAGAUGAACACUGCAGUCUAAAGAUGAUAGAAUAGAGAAGUCACAGUGAUACUAGUCUAUAUUGUGGCUUUUGAAAGAGUACCUUGGAACUCAAUUUAUUAAAUAGACUUUCUCUUCCCUGAGAAAACAAUAAAAUUGAUUACAAGUUUACAAUGAGACUGAUAUUUGUUUCCCUGUUUGCUUUAUUGUUUGGAAGUGAGUUUCCUCUCCUGUUGGAUGCUGUCCAAAACAGAUAGACCUCUUUCUCUGAAAAGCUAAUCACUGAUAACUUUUUGUACAGAUUUAAUUGGUGUCCUCUUAGAUACAGAUUUUAAGUACUUUAAAUCAAGUAUUCAUGUGACAUUUCAAGUUGAUGUGUUAUGCUUUUGACAGCUGUGUAUAGAUACACUCCAGGUUACUGUAGGAGUACAUCUUAAUAAAGUACAUCCCUUUAAACCUAUCAGUCAGAAACAAAGUAGCAAUCUCAAUGCAUCCUAAGACUUCUGGUAUGUUUGUGCAUGGGGAUGGAGGCCAGAAGAUAUCUGAUGUCAUGUGUACAUGAAUCUACAAUGUGCUUUUGGGUUUAUAAUACAAGCAGAUAUACAUAGCAACAUAAUGAUAAAUGCUUUGAGGAAAGACAAUAUAAGGGUUAACAUCUAAAGAUCUAGAAUGUUAAAUCUCUGCUAUGGGUAGUAGAUAAUGCCUGGCUGACUUGCCUUUUCAGGAAAUGUUGUUACACAGAAGUCCUCAGGAAAUAGCUGCAUUUUAGCUUCAUAGUCUUUUUAAAUACACCAAGUAGGAAGAGGGCUUGUUAUGCCUGUUGAAUAAUGGUAUAUAUCUUUAUUUUGCUAUGACAGAGAAAUUCCAGCUCCCUGUAAUUCUAUAUUUGUUUCAAUCUGUUGUUGCAGAGAUUACAAAAGGUUUGCUUAACCAUGUAAAACUUGGCUUUCCUUGCUGUUUUUAAAAGCACCCGAAUCUAUAAUUCCCUUACCUUUUUCUGGUGCUAGAGAUAGAACCCAGGGCUGUGGGCAUACUGGGUAAGUACUGUACCCUCAAAAAACCAACCUUCAGUUUAAGCAAUGUGUGGCCUUUUUAGUUUUGCAUCGCCAACUAUCUUGAUUUCAGAAUAAAAGCCAAUAUUAAAAUGAAUUUAGUGGGAAUCUCAAAUAAGUAUGCAAACCUUUCAGACAAAUUCUGACCUUGGACUUUGAUAACAGUCUCCACUGAAAUGAUCUUUACUAAAAUAUGAUAGGAAGAAAAUGACAGACUUGGGUUUGUUUUGUGAGUUAAUCUGGUCUCUAUCAAAGAACUGUGCAAGAAUGUCAUUCACCAUUUACAUGAAAGGAAAAGAUGGAGGCCCAGUCUACUAACUGGAAAUGAAAGACAAGCAAGGUUCACAGUUGAUCUUCAUGUCCUUCAGUUAGUAGAGUAUUUGGGCUACUGUGUGGUGGGCAGGAGUUUUAACACACAAUUCUCUUUUGUCUGGAGUUCCUUUAUGCCCUCUUCUCUACUGAACAUUCUAUCACAGUUCUUGAGUACACGUAUCUGGGCAGAUAAUUGUUUCUCCCUGAAUGACCCUCAGGAAGAAACAUUUAGUGACCCUCAGUCAAAAGUUUACCUAAAUUCAUUAGUGAAAGAACUACUGUCACUUACUGGUUCUUGCCUAAUGUUAGAGAAAAGAAUGCAUAUCCCAGAGGCUUGACCUAAUGAAAGAAAAAACUUUCUCAGCUUUUGUUUAAUUAGGAGACUUGGGAGUGCAGUACUGCUUCUCCCUUGUGCCCAAUUCUUCCCUUCCUCAUAUCAGUAAGGGUAGGCUAGGCUAAUGAAUUCUCAUGGGUAUAUAAGUGGCUCAGGGCUCUUGCAGCUCAUUGUUCUUCCCUGCCAAUUCUCAAAACAAGGUACAUGUUUGCUCAAGGGGGAACAUCUAAUUGAGGACUAAUAUAGUCUUGCUGUGUUUUUUUAAUUCCUGAGACCUCUCCAGAAUAACCCCUCUGCCUUGUGCAAAAUUAGUCUCUUAGUCAAGCUGAACUUUUUGCUUCUCUUGGGACAUUAGGAUGAACACACACUGAAAUUCUUUACACUUAGCUUUGGGGAAAGAUAGUCUAAUGAAGCAUUGCCUUAUCCUUAACUGAGUAAAGGGUAGGGAAAAAGAUGCCAACAGGUUAACUCUGAGGAAGCACCCAGGAGACUCAACAGAGAAGAUGUUGAACUUGGGGAUGUCAGACCCAUGGAAAGGUGAUGAAAACAUUGUGUGUAGAAGGCUUAUUAAAAUUAAAGAGAAAUGGCUGAAGAAUAAAUAUAUUAAGCACUUUCCUAGCAUGCAUGUGUCUCUGGGUUCAUUCACCAGUACUGGUGAAAACAAACAAAAACCAAGUCAAUAAUAGAAAUAGUUGAAUAAGUAUGCCAGUGUUGAGGUUCAUUCACCAGUACUGGUGAAAACAAAAAAGUCAACCAAUAACAGAAAGAGUUAAAUAAGUAUCCCAGUGUUGAAUGCACAGAUACAGGAAGAUUUUAAGGAAAUCACAUUAUUGGUGUAAAUAAGGAAAGAACUAUAAUGUAAAGCUGGAACGAUGUGGGGGCUUGCACACCAUAUCAGUGUGCUAGUGCUAGUGUGGUCUCUGAUUCUUAAGGUUUUGCUUAAGAGCUACAGAAUAUAACAAGCUACAUUUGCUAUUCAGAUGUUUGUUUCUGUCAGUUUGUUUAUACCCCAUCAGUCAUCCACUCACAUGAAUGACUGCAGAAUGGAUCUCUAUUCAGUUCUGUGGAAGUAGUGUAGAUAGAGGAAGGUUUUAUUUUGUUUUCUUUUCUAAAGAAAGAUCAACUUGUAGCUGAGGAGGAGAGGAUGUUCAUGAACUUUGGAUCCUUUACCCUCACUUCUCAAGUCCCAAGGUGACAAGCCCAAGUUUAUAUGCCCAGUCACAUAAUGCUGAGAUGUAACCCCAAGUUUCAAGCAGGCAGUAAUCACUCUACCCCAGCUUGGUAGUAGCUAUUCUUAUUGCAGUCUACCUU